AUGAAUGACUGUUACAGCCGGCUCAAGAGGCUGGUGCCCACCAUUCCGCAGAACAAGAAAGUCAGCAAAGUGGAGAUCCUGCAGCAUGUCAUUGACUACAUCCUGGACCUGCAGCUGGCCCUGGACACACACCCUGUGCUGCUCAGGCAACAACCCCCCGCCAGGAGCCCGCUAACGGACCUCAAUACCGACCCGGUAAGAGAUGGCCACCCACCCACAGCGCCGCUUUGUACGAGGGCUGCACCAGUUGUGAACAAACACGGGGACAGUAUACUGUGUCGCUAG